CCCACAAGGCUAUGCGAAGGACUGCCCCAAACCUAAGAGCACGCUACGUACAGUUUACUGCCUGCAGACCAUCCCUGAGAUGAAGCUGCUGUUGAAAUCCCCUUACCAAGAAAGAACAUUAAUAUUAGCAAGACUGUGGUGGUGGUGCACGCCUUUAAUCAUAGCACUUGGAAGACAGAGUUCUUACGAGAAUACAGUGGAGGAGGUAUUGCUCUGAAUAUUUCAUCCCUCUGGAUCUGGACAAAUAUUUCAGAAAUGGUGUCAUUCAGUGAUGUGGCCAUUGAUUUCUCUGCAGAGGAGUGUGAAUGGCUGGACCCUGCUCAGUGGAAUCUGUACAGGGAUGUGAUGUUGGAGAAUUUCAGCAACCUUGUGUUCCUGGGACUUACCUCCUCUAAGCCUUCACUGGUCACAUUUCUGGAGCAAGGACAAGGACCUUCAGACAUGAAGAGACAAGCAGCAGCUGCCAUGGAAACAGGAAACAAACACUCUACUGGCAAAGAAUGUGGCAAAGCUCCUCCUUGGAACUCACAACCUAUUAGCCACCAGAAAAUUAAUCUAAGAAAGAAGCCAUAUAAGUGUGAAGAAUGUGCUAAGACUUUCCGUUCUCCAUCCUUACUUUGUGUGCACAGGAGAAUACAUAUGGGAGAAAAAGCCUACAGUUGUGAAGUAUGUGACAAGGCCUUCCAUGUUCCAUCGUUACUUUCAAAACACAAAAUUGUUCAUACAGGGCAGAAACCCUACAAGUGUGAAGUAUGCGGGAAGGCCUUCUAUUUUUCAACACGACUUUCUCUACACAAAAGAAUUCAUAUGCAAGUGAAACCCUACAAGUGUGAAAUAUGUGGGAAGGCCUUCUAUUUUCCAUCACGACUUUCUCUACACAAAAGAAUUCAUAUACGAGUGAAACCCUACAAGUGUGAAGUAUGUGGCAAAUCUUUCUGUUUACCCUCACGACUUUCUGAACACAUGAGAAUUCAUAGAGCAGAAAAGCCCUACAAGUGUGAAGCAUGUGGCAAGACCUUCAAUUAUCCAUCACAACUUUCUAUACACAGUAAGAUUCAUACAGGAGAGAAGCCCUACAAGUGUGAGGUAUGUGGCAAGGCCUUCUGUUUUCCAUCAAAACUUUCUCUACACAAUAAAAUCCAUACAGGAGUGAAACCCUACCAGUGUGAGGUAUGUGGCAAGGCCUUCUAUUUUCCAUCACAACUUACUAUACACGAGAGGAUUCAUACAGGAGAGACACCCUACCAGUGUGAGGUGUGUGGCAAAACUUUCUAUGUUUCAUCACAACUUUCUGUACACAAGAGGAUUCAUACAGAAGAGAAACCCUACAAGUGUGAAGUGUGUGGGAAGGCCUUCUGUGUUCCAUCACAAUUUUCUGAACACCAGAAAAUUCAUACAGGAGUCAAACCCUACAAGUGUGAAGUUUGUGGGAAGGCCUUCUGUGUUCCAUCACGACUUUCUGAACACCAAAGAUUUCAUACAGGAGUCAAACCCUACAAGUGUGAAGUGUGUGGGAAGGCCUUCUAUUUCCCAUCACGACUUUCUGACCACAAGAGAAUUCAUACAGAAGAGAGAUCGUUCAAGUGUGAAGUAUGUGACAAGGCCUUCAAAAGUAAACCAGUACUGUCUGUACACAAGAGGAUUCAUACAGGAGAGAAGCCCUACAAGUGUGAAGUGUGUGGCAAAGCCUACAGUCGGCGAUCAGGACUUUCCGCACAUAUGUGGAUUCAUAUAGGAGAGAAACCCUACAAGUGUGAAGUGUGUGGCAAGGCCUACAACAGUCGAGCAGGACUUUCCGUGCACACGAGGGUUCAUACAGGAGAGAAACCCUACGAGUGUCAAGUAUGUAACAAAGCCUACAAGAGUCGAUCAGGACUCUCGGCACACAAAAAAAUUCAUACAUGAGAGAAACCCUCCAAGUGUCAGGUAUGUGUCAAGGACUUCUAUGUUCCAUCACACGUUUCUGAACACUAGAACAGUCAUACAGGAGUGAACCUCUUCUAGUGUCAAGUGUGUGACAAAGCUUUCUAUAUUCCAUCACAACUUCCUGUACACAAGAGGAUUCAUAUUGAAGAGAAACCCUACAAAUGUGAACUAUGUGGUCAGGCCUUUACUGAUAUUUCAUGACUUUCUAAAUCUGUGAGCAUUCAUACAGGAGAGAGACGUUAAAAUUGUAAAGUGUAGCAAGGCUUUCAAUCCUCCAUCAGCACUCUCUAGACACAAAAGAAAUCAUACAGGAUGGAACCCUGGAAGUGGGAAGUAUGUGUCAUGGUUCCAUGCUGCAUCAUUAUUUAAAGUAUUUGAGAGAAUUCAUACAGGCAAGAAAUCAUACCACUCUGUAGAAAGGCCUCUAUAUUCCAUCAUGACUUUCUGUACAGAAGAGCUUUCAUAUAGGAGAGAAAUCAUACAUGUGUUUAAUGUAUGGCACAUCCUUCACUCAUCAGGACUGCCUAUAUACAUGAGCAUUCAUACAGGAAAAAAACCCUAAAACUAAGAAGUACGUGGCAAAGUCUUCCACUUUCCAUCAUUACUUUCAGAACACAAGGCAUUCAUAUAGGAGAGAAACCCUACAAAUAUGAAAUGUGUGACAAGAUCUUUAAAAUGUCACAGAUUCUUUCUGCUCACUUAAUAAUCCAUUCUGGAAAGAAA